AUGUUUCCUCUCAGCCUCGUACAGCCCUCACACUCCCCUCUGUGUCCCUGCAGUCAGCCUGCACUCACACUCUGGCCAGCCACUCGCCUCAUCUUUGGCCAGCUGGAAGAUGACAUUCUGAGCAUGAGGAAUGACUUGGAGAGGAGAAUGCAGCGUGUCAAUGAGGCUUGUAGGCUCCUCUCUCAGGACACAGAGAUGAGAAGAAUAACAGAUCAGAAGCAACAGUCCAGAUCCCCAGAAAGUGAGGGGACCUCUCCCAACUCAGGCAAAGUUGGGAAGGAUCACUUUGAGCUGAUGCUGAAUGUGAGGGACUUUUCUCCUCAUGAACUAACGGUGAAAACACAGCGAAGGAGAGUGAUUAUAACAGGAAAACAUGAGCGGAAAAGUGACACUGAGGAUGGAAACUACUUCCAUGAAUACAGAGAAUGGAAGAGAGAAGCUGAACUGCCAGAAGGUGUGAAUCCUGAGCAAGUUGUGUGCUCCUUAUUCAAGGAUGGGCACCUGCAUAUUCAGGCUCCUCGACUGGCACUGCCACCUGCCCCAGAGACACCCAUUCCUAUCAGCAUGGAUACGGCACCCAGAGAUGCACAAGAACUCCCACCUGAUGCCCAGACCAGCAAUGCAGAAGGAGAGCAGCAAAUGGACUGA